UUUUAGUAGUCACACUUAAUUUUGUCACAUAUAUUUAUGGUUCAGAUUGCUGUGAAACGAUUAAAGACAAUGAGUCCAAAGGCAGAGAUGGAGUUUGCAGUGGAAGUUGAAAUACUUGGAAGGGUGAGACACAGAAAUCUGUUAGGCCUGCGGGGAUUUUAUGCCGGAGGUGAUGAAAGGCUCAUAGUGUACGAUUUUAUGCCUAAUCAUAGCUUGAUCACCCAUUUACAUGGCCAACUUGCAGCAGAUUGUCUUCUUGAUUGGUCAACAAGACUGAGCAUCGCCAUUGGAUCAGCUGAAGGUUUAUCGUACCUGCACCAUGAGGCCAAUCCUCAUAUAAUUCACAGGGACAUAAAGGCCAGUAAUGUGCUUCUAGAUUCUGAAUUCGAAGCAAAAGUUGCUGAUUUCGGAUUUGCAAAGCUGAUUCCGGACGGUGUAACUCAUCUGACCACUAGGGUAAAGGGAACUCUUGGAUAUCUAGCUCCUGAAUAUGCCAUGUGGGGGAAGGUUUCUGAGAGUUGUGAUGUUUAUAGCUUUGGGAUUUUGCUCCUAGAAAUAAUUAGUGGAAAAAAGCCGAUAGAAAAGCUACCAGGAGGAGUGAAACGUGAUAUUGUUCAAUGGGUCACCCCUUAUGUCCAAAAGGGUGCAUUUAAUCAAAUUGCUGAUCCAAGGUUGAAGGGCAAGUUUGAUAAAGUACAAGUGAAAUCGACGGUCCUGAUUGCUAUGAAAUGCACCGAUAAUAGCCCCGACAAUCGUCCCCCCAUAGAGGUGGUGGAUUGGCUUAAGGGAGGUAUAGGAAGAAGGAAAAAGGAGAUCACAAAAGUGGAGGACACUGAGGAUGAUGAAGGCAGCGAAGGUUACGAUGAGAGCCAACCCUGAGGGUGUGCAACAUGUGCCACCGCAUAGGGCUCCUGAUUCGUAAGGACCCCUAAAUUUUCAUUAUAUGUAUACAGAUGCAUAUAAAACAAUUAGAUGCAAAAGACUAUCUUAUCUAUGGUACUAGUGCAAGCGGUUUAGCUCUUCUUUCUUAUAGCCUAUGUGCUGGGUUCAAAUCCCAGUGACAUUGUUUUGUUAUAUUUUAAGCUUUUGCAAAUUUGUAAACAGGAGAUAACAAAAAGGCAUCCAACGUGUAUCGAACUCAGGACCUUUGAAGGUAAGAAAAAACAC